GUGAAUUGUCUAUUUGGUUUUAAAUAAUUUAAUUCUAUUUGUUUGUAGAAAAAUUAAUUUUGUUAUAACUAUGGUAAAAGCAGCCAAGAUGCAUGAGAUUAGUGACAACUGUCUCACAAUGUAUUCAUUAAAUGAUGUUGUUCUCUAUAUAGCAAAUUCAUAUUACUCGGAUUAUUUAGAUUCUGUCGGUACAGUAUAUUUAACAGAAUAUAUAGAAACAAGAGAACGCUUUUUCGAAUGGAAGCCCAAAGAAGUUAAAGUUCUAAUCGAUGAUGAUUGGAAUGUUGUUAAUAACGUAGCAGGUUGCUCGGAUGAGCAACCAAAAUACAUCAAAAUAAAGCUAGAGACUAUUUAUGGAUAUUGGACUUCUAUAGAAAUGAACAAAUUCAAAGUGAUGGAUAACAAAAAUGAUGUCCAUUGCGCUCUAACGAUUAAAGAAGGAACAUUCGAAAUUUUAUAUGACGCAAUGAAUGCAUUAUUUAUAAACCAGAAAUAUAAGAAUCCUCUCCAUCAUCAUGCAGUGCUCAAUCCUUUCGAAGAAUCGUCCGAUAUUUACAGAGCAUUUUUAGAUCUGGAAAUGUUUCUGGAUAAAGAGACAGCGAGCAAUCUCUGGCAUUUCAUAAGUGCAUUCCAGGACCUUCCCAACCAAUUGAUAGAGGCUAGUUUAGAGAAACUAGGAUUUUCCUGCAAAAUCGAUGAUACUAAGAGAAUAGAUUCGACCGCAGUAUCGAAAGUCGAAGGAACUCCAAUACAAAUGCCAAAUUUCCCACCACUUAUUAUCAAAAGUAUGCCGUUCACAUACUAUGAAUUUACUAAUGACAAUAUGAAUUUUGAUGCAUUUAAGCGACGUGUUUUAGAAGGAGGUAUUAAUCCGGAGUGUCGUCCAAAGAUGUGGAAAUAUCUAUUAGAAUACUAUCCUUGGAAAAUCAGUCACUCCGAACUUAAACAAAUUGAUGAUAAUUGUAUUGCUAGAUACGAAUACACGAAGGAUAAAUGGGUAAAAUUGGCCGAACAAGAUUAUAGAAGUCGCGAGGAUUUGAAAAUCCGUAUUUCCGCCAUGUUGAGAGAAAUAGAACUAAAGAAACACAUUUGGUCCCAAGUGCCCUCAAUGACAUACACCAAAAUCAGUCGAAUGCUAAAGACAUUAGUGAUCCAUAGUAACGAAGUGGGUUAUCUGUAUGGAAUGACGGACCUUUUGCUACCGUUUGUAAGAGCAACGGGUAGCGAAUCCGAUUGCUUCUGGUUGCUCACUCUGCUUCUAGAUAGAUAUCAUAAUUCUGAGUUGAAGAAAAAUGAUAUUCCAAAUCAACUAAAUGAUAUAUAUAAAAUCUUGAAGAUUCUCGAUCCCCAAUAUGCGAAAUAUUUUAAGUCAAAAAAUUGCAAGCAUAUGUACUUCUGCAUAAGAUGGCUAUGGUUAUUAUUCACUAGAGAGUUUGUUGAAAACGAAAUUCAAACAUUAUGGGAAGUGCUGUUUUUGGAUUUGCCAUGCCCUAAUUUCCAUCUGCUGGUAGCAAUUGCAAUUUUGCAAACUCAAAAGGAAUACAUCAUGGAAAAUGAUUUGGAUUACUUGGAAAUUAUGAAGCGCGUAAAUACACUGAAAGGUACGUUGAGAGUAAAUGCGAUUAUAGACGAUGCUCAGACGUUGCACGCCCAAUUGGAAGAGAUACUCAAAAUCCCGGACAAUAUCAGAACUAUUAAGGGUAUGAAUCUGUCUCAUUUAGAUGAUUUAGAUGACUCCACGGAUAGCGUCAUAAGAGACCUGGUCGCGAACUUGAGGGCCGCAUGUAAUGAGUGAACAUUAUUUUUUUUAAUAUUUUAAAUUUUUUCAUCUUAUUAUAUAAUCCAAUAAACACAUUUUAAACAAUCAA